AUGGCCGAAACUGUGGGGCUGGCGUUCGCGUUGCUGGGCGCAUUCAACAACACAGUGGAAUGUUUCAAUUAUAUUCAGGUCGCCAGGAACUUUGAUCAAGGCGUUCAGACCGCUGUUCUGAAGCUGGACAUUGCAAAGCUUCGACUCUCUCGCUGGGGACAUUCAGUUGGAUUGGAUCGCGUGGAAGAAGGCAUGCAAGCUCUGCCAGGGGUGGCUGGAUCUGCCGACGAUCUCGCACGGGCCAAAGACGUACUUGAGCAGAUUUUGGAACUCUUCGACGAUGCCGAAAAACGUUCCUCAAAGUUAAAGUCCAACGAAAAGGAUGUACAGCUGAACUUGGACCAGGCUGCGUCGGCGUUGCACAGAAAACUCGCAGCACUCUCGAUCAAGCGAUUCGUGCCGAAAAACGUCCUGGAAAAGGCGAAGUGGGCACUGCACAAGGAAAAGUAUCUCAAUCGCCUGAUCCAGGACAUUACUGAGCUGGUGAACGGGCUGAUCGAGUUGUUCCCUGCAGCACAGCCCGAGCAGACGCGGCUCUGUGCAGAGGAAGGUUCUGAGCUUGCCUUGGACCAGCACGUUUCACUCAUAAAGGACAUCGUAGCGGAGCAGGAUCCUGAACUCUCCGCCGCGAUCAAUAAGGCAAAAAUGUCUGCUGGACGAGAACGUCAGGCCUUCAACAUCACAUUUUCCGGGGGUGUGAAUCACGGUCUACAACAGGGCUAUUUUUCUGGGACCCAAACGAACCAUUUUGGAACACGUCCAUUGUCUUAG